AUGGACGAUGUGUUUCCGAUUCCCGUGCGCCUUGUGUACGUGCAUCCGGCGGAGGAGCGUGGUAGGAAUGUGGACGAUCUUCGUUCUAAGGUAGCAUUCCGGGCCGUGCCAUUCGACAUCCAGGAUUCGGCCGAGCUUGCAAGCUGGCUCAAGACGGCUCUCACAGUGGACGCGGUCCUUACCUCCAAGGGAUGGAUGGAAAUUCCUAUGCCAGAUCCUGCACCACCGCUGCCCCCAGCAUUCGAGCUCCAUCUCCGCAAGGCGCUCUUCGCAGCAAGGAAUGGGCUCGCACUGUGUUACGCCCAUUUCCGUUUGCUGUCCUAGGCGUUGCCGACUUGCGGAGAGCGUUGGAGGAGCCACUGUCUUUGCCGCUCCCUGUUGGUCCUGCUAC